AUGUCAGCUCAAUCUAUCCUCUUGCGCAAUGCUACCAUCUUGGUGCCCGGUCCAGCCGGGGGUAAACCAGUCGUACCGCUUCGAAGCCACUCACUGCUCAUCGAGGGAAACAAAAUUGCUCGCAUCGCGACUCAUAUAGAUGCCCCGUCUGAUAAGACGCAGGUGAUUGACUGCACCGGCAAGAUUGUAUCGCCCGGAUUCAUCGAUACGCAUCACCAUGUGUGGCAGACGCUGCUCAAGGGACGGCAUGCGGAUCACAGCUUGUUGGAAUAUGUGCCUACUGGCAAUAUGCAGUCGUUCAACUAUACCACCGAAGACAUCUUCUGGGGCGAGCUAGGAGGAUGUCUCGAGGCGCUGGAUGCGGGAACGACAACGAUAGUCGACCACGCUCACAUGAACUAUUCUCCAGCUCACAGCACAAAUGCCCUUGCCGCAACCGUAUCAUCAGGAAUCCGCUCCCACUUUUGCUAUGCGCUUAUGAACAAGGUAACUCAGUGGGAGCCCGAGCUCACGAUGAAUACAGAUUUCCUACCGAGCUGGGCAGUUGAACAAGUUGAAGAGCUCAUCAAGGCCGGCCCCUACGGCAAUGGCCGAGUCAACGUGGGGCUGGCAUUUGACGCCUUGUUCCUCCCGACGGAGAUUGUUGCCGAUCUGUAUAAACGGGUUCGUCAAGCUGGAGCAAAAGUUAUCACCACACAUUACGUGCGUAAUGCCGUUUUUGGCCAAAAUUCGGCGGUGGAUGCACUUGAGAGACAUGGAGUUCUUGGCCCAGACAUUAUCCUCUCGCACGCGAACCAGCUCUUGGACUCGGACGCAAAGAAGCUUAGCGAUGUAAACGCCGCCAUUUCUUCAACGCCGGAUACCGAGAUUCAGAUGGGCCUCGGCUACCCGGUGUGCUUCCGAGACGACACCAGCGCCAUCAGCUCUCUCGGAGUCGACUGCCACAGCAACAAUGGAUCCAGCAUCGUGAACCAGAUGCGACUCGGGCUGCAGGCUGAGCGAGGAAUCCGAAAUCACGCCAUUCUUGAGACAAGCAAAGCGCCCAGACAUCUCUCCCUGUCCGUGCAAGAAGUCUUUCGGCUCGGUACCAUUGGCGGCGCGAAAGCCAUCGGCAUGCAGGACCAGCUCGGAUCUCUCGAAGAAGGCAAACUAGCCGACAUUGUCAUCUUUGAUGGCCUUAGCCCCAGCAUGAUCUGCGCUGCUGAAGAAGACCCCGUGGCAGCAAUUGUCCUGCACUCUUCUACCGCGGAUAUUGAGACCGUCAUUGUGGAUGGAAGAGUUGUGAAGCAGCAGGGCAAACUCGUGCCCGUUGAGCUAGAUAUGACACUAUCAGAUUUCAAGCCUGCCAAGGCGCGAUUAGAGUGGUCUGAUGUGGCUAAAGAGCUUUUGCAGAGUCGCCAGCGCGUCAUUGAAGCAGGUAAAAAGAGCUGGGGAGGCGAUUUAGAGAAGGCAGUGGGGGGCGUGAUGAAGGCAUUUUACGUUGAUCCGAAAAAUGUGAUCUAA